UCCCUUCUCCUCUCGCUCGCUCCGUCUCUCUCUUUACUCUUUCCGCUCUAACCGAAGAAGAGCACAGAAAUUCUCCGGCGAUCGAUUUCUCCCUCCCCUUCGAGAUGAGCGUGAUCGACUUGAUCACGAGGGUCGACGCGAUCUGCCAGAAGUACGACAAGUACGACGUCGACAAGCAGAAGCAGCUCGACGUCUCCGGCGACGAUGCCUUCGCCCGCCUCUACGCCGCUGUCGAGGCCGACGCCGAGGCCGCCGCUCAGAAAGCGGAAUUGGCGGCGACGGAGAAGAGCAGAGCGACGGCGAUCGCGAUGAACGCGGAGAUUCGGCGGACGAAGUCGCGUUUGCUUGAGGAACUCCCGAAGCUGCAGAGACUUGCUUUCAAAAAGGUCAAGGGGCUUUCGAAAGAAGAGCUUGAGGCCCGAAGUGACUUGGUCUCCGCAUUGAAAGAUAGGAUAGAAGCGAUUCCGGAUGGAAUGGCCGGUGUGUCGGGGCAAAACGGUGGUUCUGCUGCUUCGACUUCACGCCCAGGAAUUAGAUUUUACUCAACCUCAGACACGAAAUUUGGUAGUGAGUAUCAUCAGCAAACUGAAGAGUCAGAGGGGUUUAGGCAGGAGUACGAGAUGAGGAGAGUGAAACAGGACAAAGGCUUAGAUGUCAUCGCAGAAGGAUUGGACACACUGAAAAACAUGGCUGGGGACAUGAAUGAGGAAUUCGACAGACAGGCACCUCUUAUGGAUGAAAUAGAUGACAAGGUUGACAGGGCAGCCUCGGAUCUGAAAAACACUAACAGGAGGCUAAAGGAUACAGUUACUCAGCUGAGGUCCAGUCGCAACUUCUGCCUUGAUAUCAUCCUUCUGUGUAUAAUCCUUGGGAUAGCAGCUUACUUGUACAAUGUUCUGAAGUGAAUUGAUGACCCGGUAUAGAUGCUGCUAUGGUGCCUAGAUAAUUUUUCUUUUAUGGGGUUCCUAAAAGUGGCGAGACAUGGCAUAGAUUGACCUUCUACCUCUCGUGGAUGUUGGAGAUCCAAUCCAGGUGAUAACCAGCUGUAUAUGAGCAACCAAAUGCACAGUGCGAAGAAGCUUGAUGAUCCCGUGUGAUUGUGUGAUUUUACGUUUAUGUGGACGAACUUUGCACGAUAGUAUGCGAAAUUUUUCAUGUCAACACGGAACAGUUCAGUUCUAUGACUACAGGCUUCCUCGACGACCUGUCUGGGCAAAUAGAUCGAUAAAAGGCGAGUUUUGGUCUUGAUAUAAA